CAGAUUUCUUCAGGUGAAUAUCUACAAACAUUUCUAAAUUAAGGUUUAUUUUUUCAGGAGCUGGGAAUGUUCGCUGUUGGCAGCAUCCAACGGUGCCGUAUGUUGGGGACUGAAAGCAUCAUUUGCAAGGCACUUUAUUGCAGCACAUCCGCAACACAGCUCGAUUUACCGAAGCCGAGUCCAACGAGUAAACUUGCAGCAUUCAGAAAGGGCACAGGUGGUCGAUGCAGCUUUUCCGGCAAUGUAGUAACCGUAUUCGGUUGCACUGGAUUAUUGGGAAAGUUAUUAAUAAAUCGACUUGCAAAAGAAGGUCACCAAAUUAUUUUGCCAAGUCGACAAGAACCAUAUUACACCCGGCAACUAAAAAUAUAUGGAGAACUUGGUCAAGUGUUGCUGUUACCAUUUCAACUAAAAGAUGAAGAAAGUAUCCGACAGGCUAUGAGAUACAGCAAUGUAGUUGUAAAUUUAAUUGGUACGAGAUGCGAAACAAAAAACUACUCUUUCGAAGAGACUCAUGUUGAAGGAGCACGACGAAUUGCUCGGAUUGCUAAGGAAAUGGGGAUUCAAAAAUUCAUCCACAUGUCGGCAAUGAAUGCCUCUAAGAAUACUCCACCAACACUAUUCAAUAAACCAUCACAAUUUCUUCUUACCAAAGGACUUGGUGAAGAAGUCGUCCGUGAAGAAUUCCCUAGCGCUACUGUCUUAAGACCAUCAAUGAUGUAUGGAGGAAACUACGAUGCAUUCAUUAAUUAUUUUCUGGCAAUUCAGCGCAUUCCACACAGAAGCGUGAUAUACGUAUACAAGAAGGGAGAGCACACAUACAAAAUGCCCAUUUGGGUAGGUGAUGUGUCAAAAGGUGUUGAGAGAACAAUCGUAGAUCCACAUGCUGUUGGUAAAACAUACGAAUUUGUUGGACCACAUUGUUAUAAACUCUCGGAAUUAAUUGACUACAUGUAUGAUCGGGCUCAUCUGUCAUCACGUUUCCCGCACAGGCGAUAUCGUCGUCGAAGUCUAAAUUAUCUAUACAGGGCAUAUGUAGCGGCUGUUGAAUUACCCUUCAAGUUAUUCCGCAACCCGCCACCACUUAGUUUGGAAUGGAUUCGAGUGGUUGAAUGUACAAGUGAUGUACUUACUGGAUGUCCAACGUUGGAGGAUCUUGGAGUUACUCGGCUUGUUGAAUUCGAAUUAACAGGGGGAAAACAUGCAUAUUUUUGUGUGAAUCAUUAUAAUGAGCUAGAGGUCACGGAGCCAUAUCCACUGCCGCUUCGAUCUCCACCUUUGUAUGCAAAUGCGAAGCCAAGCGAUGAAAUCGUUACUGAAUCGAAACCAUUUACCAUGAGUACUGUAUAAUACUGUCGUUGAUGUCAUCUUUGUCUGUUUACAUGAUAGCUUACUGGAUUAAUCUGAUUCAAGGGAUUAUCUGUGCUUUCAUUGUAAUUGUCAAUAAUCGAGCCAAUGUACAAAUAAAAUGAAUGAUGUGACGGUAAGCAUCUUGAACUUUUUCGGGACUGGGUUCGUAUUAAAAUGUUUUUAGAAAUGUUACUCAGACCUUCGGGAAGGAAUACUGAAAUUCUGGUUGGUCUUUGAUAUCUGUAAGUUAGCAGUAACUAUUUUAUGUUCAUCUAGAUUUGAUCAAUUUAUAUUACUCUCAUAGGUCAUCUUCUUUCGAUGUUUCAGCUUAUUAAUCCAGUGGUAUUACGUAGCUCACAAUUACUAUUAUGCUUAACAUUGCGUAUAUUAAUGAGGAGAGGCG